AUCAAACUUUUGGUGUUCCACUAGCAGAAAAGGCACAAAAAGACUUAAAAUCUGUUCCCCAGAUUGUUACUAAAUGCCUUAGUUGUAUAGCUAAAGGUUCAUCCAAAUGGAGUGAUUCAGAUAAAAGGCUUUUAUGGACAACAAAUGUACCUUUAGCUGCUGUUCAUGCACUUCGUGAAGAAAUUAAUGAUGGUUGCAAAGUUACUCUAAAAACUUUACGGAAACAUGAUUUGGCCAUAGUUACAGGAGUAUUAAAAUUAUAUUUUAUGGAACUACCAGAAUGUCUAAUUACGUUUGAGCUUUACGAACCCGUUAAACUGUUAUAUUCGUUAAGUCCCGAGGAAUUGGAUGAGACCAUGCGAAUAACAACUAUUUCAAAUUUUAUCUCUACGUCACUUCCUGAAAGAAAUUAUGAAACUUUAAAU